UACAGGGGUGUGGUGGGGCUGAAUGGCGUCACGGAGAGAUGGGUGUUCUGUGGUGUCAGCCGCACACUACUUCUUGUGUGAGGAGAGAGCCGCGCACUGAUGAGCUGCAGUGUGCCGACCUGAGGAAGGUGCGGCCGGGGAGCCGUGCAGGGUAUACAGCGCAGGAGCACAGUGCACUGUACACACCAGGCGCGUUAUGUCCGGAGGAAACGUCAUCUUUACAUAGCAUUGGUUUUUUCUAUACCAAGAUGGACCAGAAAAUACUCUCUCUCUCUUCCGAGAAGAAAACAGAAGGACUUCAGAGUUACCUCCAUACUGUUAAAGAUGCUGAGCUUGUAAAGCUUAUCACUAAACAUGCAAUUAAUGGAAAAGAAACUGGAGCUCUUUUACGUGGGAUUUUUAAAGGGUCGCCGUGUUCUGAAGAUGCAUCGGUUGCCAGGAGAGUUGCUGUCUAUAAGCACUGUAUAGAACUCGUGGAGUCGGGGGAUUUGCAGAGGGAGGUGGCUGUAGAGAUUGUGGGCCUGUUAAUGCUGGAGGUUCAUCAGUUGCCAGCACCUUCUCUUCUGGAAUUGGCUAAUCUGUUUCUUGAUGCAGUGAAAACUGGAAAUCUUUCAAAUGGAAAAUCAUUGGAAUUGUUCCCCAAUGUGCUGAAAGCUCUGUCGUCUAAAGAAACCUUGGUCUAUGGCAAUGGUGAGUUAACAGGAGAAGAAUGCAAGAAGCAGAUUAUAAACAGCCUGUGUUCUAGCAGGUGGGAUCCAAAAUGUGUCAUUUUUCUUACAUCAAUGUUUAGAGAUGUUGCACUUAAUACAGAAGAACUUCAGUUUGUUGUGGAGAAAGUUUUAAGACUGUUGUCAAAGGUAGACCUCCAAGAAAUGCCUCCUCUGGUUUACCAGUUGCUGCUACUAUCUGCAAAGGGCAGUAAGAAGAACAUUCUAGAAGGAGUCAUCAGUGUCUUUAAUGAUCUGGACCACCAGUUAAUGACAGAAGAAAAGAAUGCAGACUCUUUAGAUCUGAUCGAUUCAACUCUACCUAAAGAACAGCUUCUCCAAGUUGAGGGUACUAUUAUUUUGCACAUUGUCUUUGCCAUUAAAUUUGACCAGGAACUAGGUCGAGAGCUGGUAAAAGCUGGACAGCAAGGAGACUCAAGCAAAUUUUUAAGUCCUUUCAGUGUUGCACUCUUGUUGUCUGUAUCCAGAAUACAAAGAUUUGAGAAACAGGUAUUUGAUUUCCUAAAAAGUACUAUUGUGAAAGGUUUUAAAGACUUUCAGUUUCAGCAAGGCUCAAAGUUUCUACGUGAUUUAGUACCACAGCCACCUUGUGUCUCAACAAUGUUACAAGAAAUUGUCAAAAACAGUGUAUUUGGUUGGGACCACGUCACUCAAGGGCUUGUAGAGCUUGGUUUCCUCUUGAUGGAUUCAUAUGGGCCUAAAAUGGUUCCAGGUGCAAAAUUCUCUGAAGCGACUGUAGGAUCCCCAAGUCAACAGGCCAGUCAGCUUGGAUCCAAAAUUUUACUAGAAACCUUCAAGGUCCAUGAGCCAAUAAGAAGUGUGAUUUUAGAGCAAGUUUUGAACCGUGUUAUUACUAAGGCAACUUCUCCCACAAGUCACUUCAUAGAUCUUCUCUCGGACAUUGUAUUUGCAACACCACUUAUAAUGCAGAAUUCGUCCUCUAAGCUGACUGCAACAUUUGAUCAUCUCUUCCACUUGCCAUUCUCCACAGUUCAGGGUCUUCUUAAAGCUUUACAGCCAAUUUUAAAAAUAAAUGUAUCUUUGAGGGACAAUGUCAUCCUUGUUCUGAGGAAGGCAAUGUUUUCAAGUCAAUUAGAUGCUCGGAAGUCCGCUGUUGCUGGUUUCCUGCUCUUGCUUAAGAAUUUUAAGGUCCUGGGGAGCUUGUCCUCUUCUCAAUGUAGCCAAGCCAUUGGCGCAAGCCAGGUGCUGGUGGAUGUCCACACUCGGUAUAAUUCAGCUGCAAAUGAAGCUUUUUGUUUGGAAAUACUAGGAUGUUUGAGAAGAUGCUUGAGUCAGCAAGAAGACAUUAGACGGAUUCUUUAUGAGGGAUUUUAUGAUGUUAUUCGACGGAAUUCUCAGUUGGCCAGACCCAUCAUGCACACACUUGUGGCUCAGUUAAAGAGGUAUUAUGAACCAGAGCAGGACUUGUUGCCACCUUUGAAGCUGGAGAAGUGUAUUACGGCCCAAAAGGAACAGAUAAUAUUGCAGGAACCUCUGGCACACUUGCUGAGCAGUCUUCAUAGUUGCUUAAGUUGGUAUAAACAAAGGAGCACUUUACUUCAAGAAAAAGGAAUGGACGAUGAUGACGAUGAGGACUAUACGGCAUGCCAACAAGAAAUUGAUGAGAUGCUGGAAUCCAUAACCAGAAGAAUGACAAAAUGUGAUUUGGAGGAGUUUGAGCUGGACAAGUCAGCUGACUUCUCUUUGUCUUCUGGAGUUGGGAUGAAAAAUUUUAAUUACGCAGUUCUGGUUAUGGGAGUAUGUGAGGUGCUCAUGGAGUACAACUUUACCACAGCCAACUAUAGUAAAUGUAAGUUUGAAGACAUAUUGGGACUAUUUAAGUGCUACAGCAAACUAGUUGACAUCUUGAAGGAGAAAUCUGCUAAAGGAAGAACAGGAGGUGGUAGUAAAGCAUACAGGAGCUUGUUGUCUAUGGGAUUUGUUUCCACACUUUUAACCGCUUUAUUCAGAGACAGCAUGAAGGUCCAUGAAGAAAGUCUCAGUGUUCUUCGAUCCAACUUAGAUUUCAUGAGAUAUGCUGUUGGCACUGCAUUACAGAAAAUUCAGCAACUAAAAGAGACUGGGGCUAUAGAUGGACCUGAUGGCCAGAAUAGUGAGAAAAUGUUCUACAGCAUCUGUGAGAUAACCAGGGUGUUAAUGUGGAGAUAUACCUCAAUACCAUGUGCAGCUGAGGAUUCUGGGAAAAAGGACAAAGGAAAGAACAUCUCUUUGCUAUGUUUGGAGUGCUUGGUGCAGAUAUUUUACACCAUCCAAAUGCAUUAUCAGCCAAAGAUCCCUCAGUUUCUUGUUGCAUUAGAUGAGGAAGAUGAGGGGCAAGCAAGUGCAGUAAACAUUGUGGAAAAAACAUCUUUGCUGAUCACACAGUUUCAAAGAUCCCUUACAAACCAACUGAGCUCUGGAGAAGAUGAGUUUAACAGCAAAGAAGCGGUGCUCCUAGUCAGUAUCCUGUCUACAUUAUACAGGUUUCUGGACACAUCAUCUCAGCAGUUUGGACAGAUGCUGUCAUGGACGGUGAAAAUUUGUAAAGAGACAGAUUUCGAGGAUGUCCAGUUUUGUAAAGGCAUCAUGACACUUCUCUUUAGUAUGCAUUCCUUUUUUAAGAGCCCAGUAAGUCUUCUGCGUGAACUCUCUCAGGACAUCCAUGGACAUCUUGGGGACAUAGAUCAGGACAUUGAAGUUGAAAAACAAUCACAUUUCUGUAUUGUAAACCUAAAGACAGCAGCACCUACUGUCACGCUUUUGGUCUUGGGCCAAACUGCAAAAGUGCUGGAUGAAGUGGACUGGCUGAUCACAAAACUAAAAACACAGCUCAGUUCAGAGAAGAUGCCUGCUGAUGGUGCCACCCAGGCCACGAAUCCCAGAGAAGCGCUGGAGAAGGCUAUCAUUCUUCAGAUGGGGACAUUAAUAACCGCAUGUCAUGAGCUGGUCCAGACAGCAUUACCAGCGGGAAGUUGCAUGGACACUUUGCUGAAAGAACUUACCAAAAUGUACACAGUGCUAACAGCCCUGGUGAAAUAUUAUCUGCAGGUUUGCACUAGUCACGCAGGAAAGAUACCGACCCGUUUGGAGAAGUUGGUUAAGCUGUCUGGCUCACACCUCACACCUCAGUGCUAUGCGUUUAUUACAUAUGCGCAGAGUAUACAAGAUGAAAGUAUUUCUGGAGAAAAGAAGAAAAAGGAGGAUGGGGCUGGAAUUUCCACGGCCAAAGUUCUCAGAGAUACCAAGCCAAUCCCAAAUUUAAUCUUUGCUAUUGAAAAGUAUGAGGAAUUUCUUAUAAAAUUAUCUAAAAAGUCAAAGGUCAAUCUGAUGCAGUUCAUAAAGCUUAGUACUUCUAGAGACUUCAGGAUUAAUACAGCCAGUCUAGAUGCAGCCCUGCAAGAAAAGGGGUCUGAUGAGGAGAACGAGGCCAACAAUGAGCAGUCUGUGUCAGAAAAAAGUGAAAGUCAAGAGCCAAAGAGGAAGAGGAGGAAGAAGUAACUGAUGUUUCAGGCAUUUUUAACAGCUUUAUUUACAUGUUUUUGUUUACAUGUGUUAAAAUUAAUAUUUACGUUGGUGCA